AUGUCGAAGGCGCCCGCCUCGCAUCGAUCGCUGAGCAAACCUUCGCGAUCGAGUAGUGAUGAUAAUACCAGUCUCGACUCACGGACGAGUUCCGGAAAUUUCGCGGACUCAACUUCGACCAAAAGCCCAACCCUGGAUCCUCAACAAUGGAAUGCCGCCGCUCUCUCUAUGGGCAUCAAUCCGUCAGAUCAUGGCCCGCCGAACGAGUCAGCACGAAAGUUCAGCAAGAAGGUCGACAAGCGAGCGAAGAAAAUGGCCGAAGUAAUGUCUGCUGCUGUCGACAGCCUUGCACAACCUCAUCGUGGUCUGAUAGUCACAAUCGACAACCUCUUCAAUCGCGAAGCAUCCCUGGCUUCGUGCUAG